AUGGCCGCACCGCCUCACCACGUCCCCUACCUUUUUAUCGAAAGGAUCGGCGAAGGGGAUGUGACAAACCACACCUUCCUCGAAGAAGGUCCAUGGCCGGACCCCCUUGGUCCGGUCAAUAACCUGAUCGGGGACGACAAAAUCCCUUGGCUUAACUUCCUCGGCCAAACUGCCUGCCGCAGAAAAGGCGACGAUACAUCUCACGCCGAUAUGACGCAAGGCGGCGAUGUUCGCACGAGAGGGGACCUCGUGGGGCGCGAGGGCGUGGUGUGGACCGUGGCGAGCCAGGAAGGCGAUGGGGAUGGGUUUGCCGGUGGUUGGGGAGGGGUGUUCGAGGAUAGUGAUAGGCGAGGAUGGCGAGCCCCAGGGCGUGUUGACGGUCAGUACCGCGGCCUUGUGAAAAUCAGGCAGAUGCUCCAGCCCGGUGCCACCUAUCACCGCGAUGUUCACGGGACCUGGGAGGGAAAUACACCACGGGUGAAAAGAUCGGAUCUUUUCCGAGACGAUGAUGACGCUCCAGGCUCUCGGGGAUCGAGUCGGUCUGUGUCGCCAGCAAGAUCCGUGGAAAACGAGGAAGAGGGUAUUUUGAAAGCAAGCUAUGGCUUCGAAUACGACUUUGUGGCACCAAACCCAUCGUUACGGACAUCGACUCUCGCACCAAGCAAACCGGCACCGGACGUCAACCUAGAGGAGGAAGAUCAAGAAUUCGAGUUCCGCCUGUUCACAUCCACCUCGAAACCGACCGUCCGGCCCUCUCAGCCCGAUGUGCCCGUCGCAGACUCAAAAAUCAGGCUCUCACGGACCCCAGAGCCUGCUGAGCUCGCCGACUCAUUGUCCUUGGAGAGAGCACACUUUCUUCGUCCUAACCGGCCGGACUCGUACUAUUUCACCUCCGCACUUCCAAAGGAGACCAUUGAAGCGUUGAGGUCACAGUAUGCAGACGUUGCACUGUCAACCUCCGAAGUUCUCUGCAGGGCAGAAUCAACCAAAUGGCCUGGAUCUGCCCUGCCCUGGCGUCUGAUUCAUGUGGAACUCCUCGAUAAAAGCCACCGAUUUCAGGGUGUGGCUCAAUCCGCCGUGUCUGCUAUGGGCACUAGAGACUCCAGUUCCCACAUGUCCCAGCCUCGCCCCAAAAGACCAUCGAAGAAACGUCGCAUCCUCCUCCGGCGCCGGCUGGCUCUGCGACAGGAACUCGCUGCCCAGGCAAGGGUAACGGAGGAGACGGAGAAAGAGAAGCGCACGCGACGGAACCGGGAAAAGAAAGUGAAACGGAAAGAAAGGGAGAAAAGGAAGAAGAUGGAAGCGCCCGAAGGCGAGGGUGAGCUUGCUGGUGGCGAGGAAGGUAAGGGUCAUGAGAGAGGCGAGGGAGAGGAUCUCAUUGCCGCCGAGGAACGCGAUCUCAAAGCCGGAGGCGAUAUCAAGGCGCAAAGUGGGCGGGAGGGAGAGACCGGAUCAAAAAGGGGCUCGGCUAUCAGACCACCAGAUUUGGCGGCAACCACGAAAAAUGCUGCUGUUGCUGCUGCACUGUCGACAAACGCGUCUCAAUCCUCAGCACCAACACGAAGAGCUCCUACGUCAAGAGCCCCAACCACGGCCGCACCAGUGAACCCCGCGGCUCGACAUAUCGGACGAGGAAGGUGA